ACUGUGGUUCAUAGGGCAACAAACAGCAGCAUACGUCGCCAAGGGACACCAAUGGUGGAGUACGUAUCCAUUCAGGGAAAGGUCUGAGAGAGACCAUUACUGGGGCUUACAUGGAGAGCUGAAACUGAAUAUGAGGCUAACGUCCUUAAUGAUGUACAUAUAUCCGGCUCUGUUAUUUAUUUUGUAUGUAUAUGUUAGAUUUUUGGAAGCUGCACCUCGCAUCAGCCCCUAUGAUGCGUCGCCUAUUUCUAGGAAGCCCGGCUCAGCCUCCGACACCUGGGACACCUUCCACACCGACAAGCCCCGCUCUUUACCCGAGAGCGAACGCGCUCCCGGGCCUCUAAUCGCACUCAUGCCGCCGCUUGCCAUUGUUUCUCCCGGCCCAGCCGCCACUAGCAGCCCCAUCUCCAGCAACACGACCCCCUUCCAGCCUCCUACGGCGGACCCAGCCUCCACGACCACCACGGGCAUCAUCGCAGCUCCUAGGGAACAAAUAGCGUCGCCGAUUUCCAGGUUAUCGGGCACAGGAAAACGAUCCGUCGAUCCGCAAACAUCACUUUUUGCGCCGGAGAAAAUGCUGCAGACUAUGGUGUCCAUGGUGUCCCAGCGCACAGCAAACGAUGCGUGGUCUGCGGAUAAUAUUGGCACAUCUGAUACCUCAAUGGAGAAUAAUCAAGAGGGCCCCUGUAACUGCAGCACCGGUGGAGAAGGCAUUCUGGCUGAAGACGAGUGUGACCCCGUCACAGGUCAGUGUUCGUGCCUGUCGGGCUACGCUGGUCUGCAGUGCGACGACUGUGAGGAGGGACAUUUCACCAACGGCACCAGCGGCUGCUUGCCCUGCUCCUGUGACUCCUUUGGCGCAGUGGACAACCUCUGUGACAGCUCAGGGAUUUGUGAGUGCAAGACGGGAGUGUAUGGACCCAAGUGUGAUGAGUGCCACCCGGGCUUCUUCCGCUUCAGCAGCACCGGCUGCCAGCCCUGCCAGUGUCACAACCACACCAGCUCCUGCCACCCACAGUCCGGAGGGUGUCUGAACUGUGAGGACAACACCCAGGGAACCAACUGUGAGAAGUGUAAGUCAGGCUUCUACCGCAGACCUGGAGCCGCCCUGACUGAGGCCUGUGCACCGUGUCCCUGCUCCAGCUCCACAUCCACCGGCACCUGCCACACCGACCCCACUGGCCCAGUGUGUGACAAAUGCCUGCCUCGCUACAGUGGCGCUCACUGUGACAACUGCAGCGCUGGCUUCUACAGAGCCUCUGAGGCCUGUGUUCCCUGUGACUGCAGUGGGAAUGCAGAGCCUCAGGGUCCGGCCCAGCUCUGUCACCCCGACACCGGACACUGUUUACGCUGUGUGAACGGCACCGCUGGGCCCAACUGCCAGUUCUGUGCUCCGGGAUUCAUAGGCGACGCCCGAGCACAUAACUGCACACGUCCAGCUGCUCGCCUGCUUCCCACCCCGGCAGCUCCGACCACAACCAGCGCCCCCUCCCCCUCCACGUCUCUCACCAGCACCACGCUGACCUCAGCCACAGCCAUAGGCGUCCCGGCCGCCACGUCCAGGGGCAACGCCAGCGCCACCGCCGCCACCAGCCAGGCCCUGCUCACCAGCCUGAGCAGCCCCACGGACAACACCACGGCGGCGCUGACCGAGGUCUCCUGGACGCAGUUCAACAUCAUCAUCCUGGCCGUCAUCAUCCUGAUGGUGGUGCUGCUGCUGGGCUUCGUUGGAGGUGUGUACACCUACAGGGAGUAUCAGAACCGCAAGCUCAACGCCCCCUUCUGGACCAUUGAACUGAAGGAGGACAACAUCAGCUUCAGCAGCUACCACGACAGCAUCCCCAACGCCGACGUGUCCGGCCUGCUGGAGGACGAGGCCAACGAGGUGGCGCCCAACGGCCAGCUGGCGCUCAGCACGCAGGGCAACUGCUACAAGGCCUAGAGCGGCGCCGUGCCCAGCUGGACCCACAGGCUGACACGCGACUCGAGGCUGCUGCUGGAGGCGCCCGACCCAGAGCUCGCUGUGUGUGACUGCUGGCGAGACCCGAGCGCUCGGCAGCACUUUACACUGAGGGACAGAGGUGCACCUGAAAGCCUGGCCUUUCUGGGCUCCGCGUGGAGUCCGUGAACGGGGCCCGAGGAAGCGUGGCGCUGAUGCACAGCGGGCCUGGCUCUGCUUCCAGGACUUCUAGCUCAACAUUUCACACAUUUUUAAAAUGAACUCGUUCAACCUGUUUAAUUUAUGAGUGGUCACGUGAACGGAGCGAGACAAUGAUUGUUAUUUAAUACAUUUGAUUUAGUUGUUAUUUAGUGGUUGAUGUUUCGUUCUGGAGAGAAAUGCUGCACAUGUAUGACGUGAUUAAUGAAUUGUGUUUUAUCUUAACGUGUUGUUGAUUAUCUCCUCAUGUAUAGUUUAUGUGCUUUGGAGAGCGUGAUGGGGUGGUGGCCGCUGGCACUGCUAUUUAAAUGACCUCAUUUUCUAUGUGUCCCUUCCUGUCUUUUGUUAAAACGUGCCAGCUCACCUGAAGUAUCUGAGAGGAGUGUUUCAGAGAAACUGCUUCUGCCACUUACAGACUCUUAAUAUUUGGCACCAGUGCAGGGCAGUGACUCAUGCUGGGAUUGCAUCAUCCACUCUGCUCCUAUCUAAUCUGCAUUUGUUGCCUGGUUCAGUAAAAGCUAAAUAAUCCAGAGCUAUUUUCCUGUGGACAUUUGUAAAGGCUGGGUUUUAUGACUCAGACAGUGAUUGGACCGCUCCAUGUCUAAAGCGUAGUGUUGUGCAACCAGCCUGCUGUAAAACCAUUCACACCUGGAGCUUAUGUUACUGUGUAUUUAUAGGCUGUUUACCACAGUGAAUGAGUGAAGCUAAUCUUGGAACUAACUCCUCAGGUACCGGUUCUUUUCCUGAUGUAAUCACUGUAAAUAUGACUAUUGUACAGAUGAAUGUGAAUAGUAGCUUAUUAUUGUACAGGUAGAGAACUGUGUGUGCACCGUCACCAGACCUUCACCCCGGGCAUGAAACAGCCCACAGCAUUUUGUAAUUUAAUUUAUUCUUAUGAGCACACUUUUUGCCAUAUAUGCAGCUAAGAGGCAACACUCAGAACCUAGAAUUGAACAAUGCCCCACAGUCACCAUUUGAGCUCAACUCUCAAAUAAACAUGGGUUUAACUGUU